AAAUCCGAUUUUGCGAGAAGUUUGUUGCCCGAACAACUCGAGCUCACGACUCGAAAGCUAACCCAUCUCCACUUCUAUUUGCAUGAGAACAUAACUGGACCCUUCCCUAACGUCAUACAGGUUGCCCAGGCCCCGACAACUGACAAGUCCCGGUUCUCGUUCAGGGCCGUCAACGUGGUAGAUGACCUGAUCCUAGUGGGGCCCGAGCGAAGCUCGAAGCAGAUCGGGAGAGCCCAGGCAGUGACGGCAUUCGCAUCUCAGAAUGACUUUGCGGUGCUAUUGGCCAUCAACCUAGCAUUCACGGAAGGAAAGUACAACGGCAGUACUGUUACCAUAUCGGGGCGGAACAUGGUGUUUACGGAACUAAGGGAGUUGCCGGUGGUCGGCGGGAGUGGUGUUUUCCGGUUUGCCACCGGUUAUGUUAAGACGAGCACCCAGUUCAUGGAUCUUAAAGCCGGGAUCCUUGUUCUGGAGUAUGAUGUCUAUGUGUUCCAUUACUGAAAUUUCUAAAUAAAGAUUUACUUGGCUUGUGUUUGCUUGACAGAGAAUUUAUCGAUAAGCCAAGUUCAUUAAGAGUCUUGUUGUCUAGUUAAAAUGCUUAUUAUUUUUAAUGAAGUUUUACGUAUUGGAAUACUUUAAGGGUUACUACUAUUGUUUAUGUCGGUAACUUGGUAGUUUAAGAGUUGCUUCGUAAUUUAAGUGUUUAAAUACUAAUGUAAUCUCGGUUUAUCAGUAUGUAUGGGAAUAAUUCUCCACCAUCAUGGAAUAUGGAGGAAUAAGUCAUCACUC